ACAUUUCGAAACUAGAUUGCAUCGUUUCAAGAAGAGAAACCGAAUUAAAAAGCUAACAGGGUUGGAAAUAUCGCGUAAAAAGCCCAUCGUUUUAUAAAAAUCAAGUGCAAAUGACCGUUUUUAUAAUUAGUGUUAUUAAAAUCACGGAAAAUCCGACAUAUAUCGAAGACCUAGUUUCUUGUUCUUCUAACCUGCAUUUAAAUCGAUUGGAAAAAUAUUGAUUUCGAGCGUAGUGUUUACUUAAACCCAUUAAACCCAAAUGUGUUCUUGUAGUGUUUAGUGUAUUUCGGUAUUAAUCAUAUGAAAAUUUCGAAUUUUUAAUUAAUAGAGAGGCCUUUAGUAAAAUUCUCGAUAUUUUCUUGAAUUCAUAGCAAUAUAAAUAAUAAUAAUAAUAAUAAUAAUAAUAAAAAGACUGUUUUCUAAAUUCGACUGAUCUGAUAUCGACUGAAAAAAAUCGGCUUGACUGAAAUUUACACCAGAUUUUCACACGUUUUUGGUGUUCAAUGGAGUCUCGUAAUUUUUUUUCGUGUUUGGUGUUUUAUACAUCGGAUUUUUUUUAAAUUUCUACUCGACUUUUUGUAAUAAAACGGCGACUUAUUCAUUCAAAGGUGCAGGUAUUAAAUUAACCAAAUCCAAAUAAUUCCACUAAAACUGUUUGAAAUACGGCUACAAAAUUUCCUCGACGGGGUUAAUAAUAAAAAAAGUGAAACUGGCCGGUCAAGAGGUCAUCACUAUUGAGCUGCAGGAGGUGGAGAAUGCAUCCGUCGCGGCGGCUGUCGUUUCUGAAUCAUCGCCUCCGCCUCCCGCAGCCACUACAGUACCAGCAACACCCAGUGAAACGAGAACAGAAGUCGGUACGACUUCAACAGCAACUUCGCAAAGACCUACACCUUCAGCUUCACCACCAAAUACUAUGACAGCCCAAAUUGAGAUAAUCCCGUGCAAGGUAUGUGGGGACAAAAGCAGUGGAGUACAUUACGGAGUUAUCACUUGUGAGGGAUGCAAGGGCUUUUUUCGGAGAUCGCAGAGCUCCGUGGUGAAUUAUCAAUGUCCGAGAAACAAAAACUGCGUUGUCGAUAGAGUGAACCGGAAUAGAUGUCAGUACUGUCGAUUACAGAAAUGUCUGAGAUUGGGCAUGAGUCGAGACGCUGUGAAGUUCGGUAGAAUGUCAAAAAAGCAGCGAGAAAAAGUUGAAGACGAAGUUCGAUUUCACAGAGCACAGUUAAGGGCGCAAAGCGAUUCCGCACCCGACAGCUCAGUUUUUGACCCUCCCACACAAUCUACAGGGGAUCAAAUCCUUUUUAGCAACGGCUAUACGUAUAGUAAUGAUGUCGGUGCCUAUACGUCGUAUUAUACAGGUCAAACGCAAAUUCCACCCAAUAGUUUAGGCUACGAUAUUUCCGCUGAUUUCGUCGAUAGUACCACGACGUACGAUCCCAGACCGGGACGCGAGAUGGAUGCCAUCGACGAAAGCCUGAUGUCUGGUGGGGUUAUCACGCUAGGCAAUACUAACAGUAAUGGUGACGGGGGAGGUGGAGGAGGAGGUGGAGGUGGUAGUAAGCAAACAUUAACAAUAAGUGAGAACCGCAUAUUCAAACGAUUAACUCAAACUUCGAGUACGACCCUCUCAGGUGGUACUAUGGUAUCGGUAAAACAAGAAAACAACGUCGAACCCCUUGUACCCGCGUAUGUAGAUGUAGAUAGUACAACUUUUAUUAAUUCCCCCAAUGUAUCUAGGCAGUCGACGAUGACGCAAAAUGUACAACAGAGAAGCGGCGAUGAGUGUGAGUCAGUUACUUCACCCAAUCCAAGUCAGAUAUCGGAAUUGCUUUCGAGAACCAUAACCGACGCACAUAUGCGAUCAAUUGUAUACACGUUGGAAGACAUCCACGAACUGUUCCGCAAACCUCACGAUCUCUCACGACUGUUAUUUUAUAAGAACAUGGCGCACGAAGAAUUGUGGCUCGAUUGUGCUCAGAAACUCACCGCGAUUAUUCAACAAGUUAUUGAGUUCGCUAAAAUGGUACCUGGAUUCAUGAAAUUGUCGCAAGACGAUCAAAUCGUUUUACUCAAAUCGGGAAGUUUUGAAUUAGCGAUAGUCCGGAUGUCGAGAUUUAUGGAUAUAUCCCAUAAUUGUGUCUUAUACGGAGACACGAUGCUACCCCAAGACGCUUUUUUUACUUCGGAUACUGCCGAAAUGAAAUUAGUAUCGUGCGUAUUCGAAGUAGCAAAAGGUAUAGCGGAGUUGAAACUGACGGAAACGGAGUUAGCUCUAUACGCCGCUAUAGUACUUCUGUCUCCAGAUCGAUCGGGACUGAAAGGAAUAUUAGAGACAGGACGAUUGAACCAAGCUAUUCUAAGGGCUCUUAGAAUGGAACUGGAUCGUAGUCACAGUUUACCCAUCAAAGGGGAUGUGACUGUUUGUGACGCACUAUUAACAAAAAUUCCAACAUUGAGGGAAAUAAGUAUGCUCCACAUGGACACGCUGGGAAAAAUAAAGAGAUCGGCUCCCCAUUUGGAAUUUCCAGCUUUACAUAAGGAACUUUUUAGUGUUGACAGUUGAAGCGAUCAUUCUCCUUAACUGUCUUAAGGGCAGCAUAGGGUAGCUACUAUUCCUUCUUACUGAAUGUAUCGGCCUUAAAUAUUAAAAUAUAAUUUCGUUAUUACAAUUGAAAAUUUAUUGUUGUAACAUAGAAAUUUAACAAAUUAUCGCAGAUCUCUAAUGAUUUGUUUAAAAAACCGCAAUAAUAUAUUAUUUAUAACGCUAACCAAGCCCUGAUUUAAAAGUACAACUUUUCCUUUUAUUUUUAUUGAUACAUUUUCAAAAUACCUCAAAAAACAUUCGUGAUCUGAAUUUAUCAAAAUAAUCAGAUUUCAAAAAAUGUCAUUCAGACAAUUCAACAUUUUUUUUCGCCCCUUUUAACUGACGAUAUUUUUGAAUUUUUUAAGUUUUCUUUGUUCUUUUCCUUAUUUGUUUUUUUAUAGUUUUUUUCAGUUUAACAUUAUAAUUUGUUUGAUACUAAAUUGGAAACAUUUAUAAGUCGCAUUCUUAGAAAAUGGAUCAAAAGCAUUUUAAUUUAAUUUUUUUUUAUAAAACAUUGGCUUAAUUUUUUUUCUGUUAAUUUAUAUAUUUUUUCUAAAUACUAGAAAAUAAAAUACAACUCUCCAGUUUUUCAUUUUUCUCAAUAAUAUCUUUUAUUACUUUUAAAAUGGUUAAAAAGAAACGCAAGAUGAAAAAAAUCAACCCCCUAUUUUUUAUUUCAAUAGUUUCAAAAAAAAACCAAAAUUAUCAAAACUUUUUGGCAUAUUUCUUGAAAAAUUGUGAGGUUAUACUACGAAAGUAAUUGUGAAUUUGUUUCAUUUUCUACAAUGGUGGUUUUCAAAUUUGUACAACGCACCCCUUCGUAUCAAAAAUCAAAAAUGGACAUUAAUUUAUCAUUAGUCAAAUAUUUUGCAAUUUGCAAUUUGACGGAAACUAAUUCGUGAUUUCCCAAAUAAAAAAAAGGAUUGAAAUAAAGAAAAAUAAUUUUCCACUAAUUAAAAAAAAAAAGAAUAAUUGUUAAAAAUUGUGAGGUUCGAUGUCAAAAGAAAACGUGAAUUUUUCCAUUUUACAUAAUAGUGGUUUUCAAAUCCAUACAUUUAUAAAAUUUUCUUCUUUUUAUUUUUUUAAUUAGAAAACAGAUGAAAAUCGUCAUUAAUUUAUUUUCAUCAAAAAUUAUUUUUAAACUUUCAGUAUCACUGAUCAAAUUGCUUUUUUUUUCAAAUAUAUUAUAGAUUUUUAUUGAAAACAAAGAAAAACUACUUUUCCACUAAUUUCAAACGAAAAACAAUAUUUUCCAAUGCAAAAGAAAAAUCAAAAUCAACGAAACACGUUUUUGCACAUUUCUUAAAAAUUGAGAGUCCAGAUGACAAAAGGUAAUUAGACUUAGAAUAAUUAGAAUAAAAUAUUUCUUGUUGUUUUUAAUUUCAAUUUUAUUCAGACUUUUGUCCAUUUUUCGAAAAUUAUUGAAAAAAAAUAAAUGUUAAAUGAAAGGUUAAAAGAUAUGAACCAAAGGCCAAAAAAAUGUUUUCUUAUUGUUUUUUUUUAAUUUCUAAAUCUAGUAUUAGAACAACUAAUUUUCAAUUUGUUUUUCUUUUAUAAACAACGCAGAUUUGAUUGCCCCCCUUCCAUAAUUUUAAUAUUUAAGAACAUCUAAACAUCAGAACAUUUAAAUCAUUAUUUGGUUAUAAAUAUGCUUUUUAUGCAAUUUCAAACCAAUCUAAAAUUCGAAAACUUUCGGGAAAAAAACGUUUCGUUUUUUGAUUCAUAGAAUUUAUAUUAAAAUUGUUAAAGAAACGCAAAAUUUUUUAUCCAUGGAAGUAUUAGACAAAAAUCAUUUUUUUUCUCAACAAUAUUAUUUAAAUUUUUUUUAUUAAUCCCCCUUUUUUGAAAAUUUACCCUCUUCACUUUUUCAGCUGUUUUAUUAAGCUCACAAACAAAUUGGUGAUAACAUUUUUUAAAAAAUAAUUUCACUUUCAUUAAAUAUUUAAAUAUUGGAAAAUUUUUUAUAAGAAAAUUGAUUAAAUUUUUGAUUUUUACUACUACAAUUUCUAAAAAGUUCGAAUCAGUUUACUUGAAAAUUAAUAAAAAGUAAUUUUUUGUAUUUUCUUCUCGUUAAACAAACUCAUAGUUUUCUUUUCAUGGCCUUUUUGGACAAAAGUUUUUAACAAUUCAAUUUUUUUUACUGAUACUCCUCUUUAUAAAAACUCUAUCCUCUGCACUAAGUUAAUCUUUUAAAUUCAAAAAACAAUAAAAUUGAUAAUUAAAUAAAACUUCUUAUAAAUAAUACAAAUAAACAAAAAAUUGUUUAUCUGUUUGUUUGUAAACUAAAUUGAAUUAAUUCAGGAUUCAAUUUUU